AUCAAUAAAGGAAGGUGCCAGGCGAGGGCCGGGCCAGAGGUGGCACGGGCGGGCGACAGGCCCUGGGACACAGGUCCGCGCCCGGUGCUUGUACCACUGGGGGCGCCGUCAUGAGACCCUCGGCCAUCCUCCUGGCUGUGGCUCUGGCCGCCCUCCUGGUUUCCGGGGCCGGGCGGCCUGUGGGCCGGCAGGGCCCCCGGAACAAGCUGCUCCUGGUGUCCUUCGACGGUUUCCGCUGGGACUACGACCAGGACGUGGAGACCCCCUACCUGGACGCCAUGGCUCUGGACGGCGUGAAAGCCCGCUACAUGACCCCGGCCUUCGUCACCAUGACCAGUCCUUGCCACUUCACCCUGGUCACUGGCAAGUACAUUGAGAACCACGGCGUGGUCCACAACAUGUUCUACAACACCACCACCAAGGUGAAGCUGCCCUACCACGCCACGCUGGGCAUCCAGAGGUGGUGGGACAACGGCAGCGUGCCCAUCUGGAUCACGGCCCAGAGGCAGGGCCUGAGGACCGGCUCCUUCUUCUACCCUGGCGGGAACGUCACCUACCAAGGCACGGCCGUGACGCUGAGCCGGAAGGAGGGUGCCCUGCACAACUACAGGAACGAGACAGAGUGGAGAGCCAACAUCGACACCGUGAUGAGGUGGUUCACAGAGGAGGGCCUGGACCUGGUCACGCUCUACUUCGGGGAGCCGGACUCCACGGGCCACAGGUACGGCCCCGACUCCCAGCAGAGGAGGGACAUGGUGAUGCAGGUGGACAGGACGGUGGGCUACCUCCGGGACAGCAUCGGGCGCAGCGGCCUGGAGGGCAGCCUCAACCUCAUUGUCACGUCCGACCACGGCAUGAACACCGUCAACAAGAAGGCCAGCGACCUGGUGGAGCUGCACAAGUUCCCCAACUUCACCUUCAAGGACAUCGAGUUCGAGCUGCUGGACUACGGCCCCAACGGGAUGCUGCUCCCCAAGGAGGGGAGGCUGGAGGCCGUCUACGGGGCCCUCAAGGACGCCCACCCCAGACUGCACGUCUACAAGAAGGAGUCCUUCCCUAAGUCCUUCCACUACGCCAACAACCCCAGGGUCACGCCCCUGCUCAUGUACAGCGACCCCGGCUACGUCAUCCACGGGAGAGUGAACGUGCAGUUCAACAACGGGGAGCACGGCUUCGACAACGGGGACAUGGACAUGAAGACCAUCUUCCGCGCCGUGGGCCCCAGCUUCAGGAAGGGCCUGCAGGUGGAGCCCUUCGAGAGCGUCCACGUGUACGAGCUGCUGUGCAGGCUGCUGGACAUCGUGCCCGAGGCCAACGAUGGGGUCCUCAGUACCCUGCUGCCCACGCUCACGCCCGAGGCCGCCAGCACCCCGUCACCCACACCCCAGGCAGGAACAUCGGGAGUCCCUAGCACGCUCUCCGCGCCUGGAACCACGCAGAGCACGUCGUGUGUUACCAGUGCAGGAGGGAGAACAGGCCCUGCCCUCCUGCCUGGGGGCUGCCCCGCCCUGACAGCGGGGAUGCUGCUGGCCGCAGUGCUUCUGGCCAAGGUCGCAUAACACCCCAGUGCUCAAGGGUGAAGAAGGGACAGAGCACAGACACAAGGGACCUUUCAGGGCUGGACGGGGAAGACGGAGCCCCUUACUGAGAUGCAAGGAGGUCGGGGCCGGGGCGGCACAGCUGGAGAGGAGUUGGGUCACCGAGCUGCUCACUGCCCACCAUGCCCCAGCUGCCAAAGUCCCUACCUCCUCCCAGACCCACCCUUGAGCCCCGCCCUCUGCCCAGCCCAACCCGCAGUGGCUCUUCCAGGCCCACCAGGAAGCAUCAGAAGCUGCCUGUGAAACCCUGAGCCUGCCCUCCCGCUGUGAUAGACUGGACACCAGGGACCUUGUCCUCCAGCGACCAGGGACAGCGCUUGGCCCGCUGCCUCAGUGACCCCACAGCCCCAGCCCAUGCUCGGUCACCACUGUGCUGGCGGUGCAGCCGAGUUUGGGUUCUGCAAACACACACCUACCCCCUCAAGCAUCCUUCCAGCCCUGCCCCGCCCUCUCCCCCUGCGGGAGGGUCCAGUGCUGGUGCCCUGCCCUCCUACCAGGGCCUCCAGUCUGGGAGGGGGGCCAGGGCAGGCAGGGGGCAGGCUUUGCCCCUCGAGCUCUGGCCGGGAAGCACGCUGACGGGAAUAAAGGACAAGCCUUGUGGUCAUGAAGCCACCCUGGCCACCGUGGGUGCCACUCUCUCUAAAUCCUGCCGGCUUCCUUCAGUCUCACCCGGUGGCCCCAGUGUAUAAUAAACACCCGAUUGCUUAG